GUCAAAUUAACGGCCGGGGAAUAUCAACACUGUAACCCGGGAAAAGACAUCCUGAAAGGCGGGUGGCUAAUUAUUAAUAGAAGCCUAAAACCAAACUCUCCAAGACUGAGGCUUUGAUAACAGGCGACAGACCUCUGGAAAUAAGUUAUCUGGUUGAUGCUAACAAGCUAGUUUGCUAACAACUGACAGUAGGCUAGCUACAGUAGCAGCGGCCUGGGGUUUUGGAAAAGUUGGAUUUUCUGACCAUCAACAAAUUAGUUAGCUAGCUAGCUACCAUCACUAGUAUCAAUGGACAUCUAGAUCGGAGCGUCACCCUUACCGGUGUGAUGUGGAGCUCCAAGCGGAGUGAGCUACACCUGACUGCCCCGGUGCAGCCUACUGGGCAGGACAACGGGAGAGAGCUGUCAGCUGCAUGGAAAAGUCUGAAUCAAACCAAAGCUGCUUUGCGGCACAUUGAGAAUCGCCUGGAGGCCGCUCCUGGCUCUGGGGUUCUGCUGGAAUCCGUCAUGGAUACAAAGAAAAGCUCUGGGGGCGCCACCAGGAAAGUCAGCCGCAGAGAUGGGCCGCGCACAGAGGACUGCGCUCAGGCAGGCGGAACCUCCAAGUCCAGCACAAGGAGUCGUCGGAGCCCAGACAAGAGCUCCCGCAGCCCCCUGAGGAACACCACACAGGACAGCAACGUCCGUAGGAACAACUGUGUGGAGUUCAAGGAGCCUCUGGCCUCCUAUAGGGAAGCGACCCCACCACCCCUGACCUCCUCCCAGCUGGAGGCCCACAGUCUGCAGUCGGAGGUGGCUAACCCCCCUCCCCCAGACUCCCGUCUAAGCCAGCUGGUCUACCAGAGUGACACCCGAGACCAGCAGACCCGCGGAGACCUGGACAGCACACACUGGUCUGCUCUGGACAGUACUGUGGUGCGUUACCUCAACGACCGUCCCGCGCUGGAUGCCCUGCGGCCCCCAGGCCACACUGCUGCAGCCAGAGACCCUAACAGGGAGGAGGGCCCGGAGGAAAGGCCCAAAGCACACACCCUGGAGGGCCCGGCCCCACCCCCAGCAGAGAACUCUGCGUCCUCCAGUCCUGGCUCGACCUCCCAGCGGCUGGAGAACUUAAGGCGAAGGCAGCCGGAUGACAAGCUGGAGAAGCUGAAGGAGAGGAUCCGCAGGCAGAGGGAGCACCUGGAGGAGGCUGCAGAGAGAGACGGGCUGCUGGAGUACCUGGAGCAGCCAGUGGGCAUCACUGGGGCUGUGGAGUCCACCACCGUACCCACGGCUAAAGUACGCAAAGUGGCAGCCGCACCUCCGGCACCUAUAUACAAAGGUUUCAGCAGAAGUGAGACAAAGAUCCGCACUCCUGAUGGGAAAGUGUGGCGAGAGGAGGAGUUCCACAACCUGAGCAGAGAGAUCUACAGAGACCUGUCUCGCCAGCUCUCAGAUAGCACCAAGCCCCAGCUGCGGCCCACAGAGAAGGCUAAGGAGAGGAAGCCGUCCAAGCCUGUGAGAAAAGUCCAUAAAUCGGCUUCUGUUCCCGACCCGAAGACCAAGCCAGUGAUCAGCACCACGUCAUGGCGGGAGGGCCAGAAGCUGGUGAAGAUGGUACUGGGUCCCGCUCCACGUCUGCCUCGAGAGCAAAGGCCAGAGCCCACAGACAGACUGGCCAGGACAGGACCCCUUCCUCUGUCAAAUUCAGACCACCGUCCGGAGCUGAACCGUCGGUCCAGACCCAGCAGCCGGGACAGGACCACCCAGCCCACCCCCAACCCUCAGUCUGCAGGCCCAGCCGAUGACAGGGCCACCAACACAGACAACCUCUCUGCAGAUAUCCGGGGCAUCCUGGACGACCUGCAGCUGAAGCGCAAAGCAGAGGAGCGAGGUCCAGCGGAGCCCAGGAGGGGUUCAGAGUCCAGGGCCAGAACCACAGCAUGGACGACUGGUGGCUCUUCCUUAUGGGGCUCCCGCAGUGCCAGCCCCGCCAAGCGCAACAAGCAAGAGCCCUCAGAACCAGGGCCCAGGAAGAGGCACUACGACGCUGACUCAGUGCGCCAGUACAUCGCCCGGCAACAGGAGGAGCGCAAGAGACGUCAGGUGGAGGAGCGGAGGGCCCAGAGGGAGGAGGCGGAGAGGAAAAGCCAACGUCUGCAGGAGCUGUACAGGAAGCAGAGAGAGGGGGUAGCCAAUAAGGGCCCUGCAGUACCGGAGAACCCAGUACAAAAACGCCUGCAGGAGACAUACACCAAACUACUACUGGAACAGGCUGGUCUUGGAGAGGAACCUCUGCCUCCCCAGACACAGCCAGCCUCUACCACAGUCAUUUACCAGCAGAAGUCCCUGUACCAGCCAUCCGGGGAGUCGGACAAGGAGAACAAGAGACAGGAAAGACCCCAGAGUGCCUCCUCCAGCAGUGACCUGUCUCUGUCUGAGCCCCCGCCCCCUCCACUCUCCAGGAAUGAGCUGGGCUUGGGACUUCCAUCGUGGCUGCAGCCAGACCGCCUGAGUCCUGCAGUCAGACCCUCCACCGCUCUGGCUCCACACACAGACCAGCUCUUCUCCCCACUCUUAGACCUGGGAACAGCAGGGAGCUCUGGUGGGAGGGGAACCAAUCCCCCAGCCAGGCCCCAGCACUCCACUCUCAAUGGAGCAGGCAACAACACCAAGAUGAACCGCAUUGAGGCCCUGAAAGCCACCGCUGCGUCCCUGUCCACUCGCGUAGAGAGUGAAGCGAGGAAACUGGCCGGCGCAGGUAUCAACUAUAGCUGUGCAAGGGACAUGGAAGUGACUGGUCUGACCCCUCCGGACGACGGCCGCUGGGCCAAGCCUGUGAGCCCACCGGUCAGAGAGAGAGCUGAUGCUGCUGACGAGCUGUCCAUGAGGAUCCAGAGGCUGCUGAGUGCUGGCCAGAGCACAUACAACGGAGCUCUCCCAGGGGUGGGCAACCUGCACAGCUUCAGAGAGCAGAGAGACAGGACCACUGCUCCAGGCAGCAGGCCCCAGACAGCCCCGGGCCUCAGCUCCCAUAAGCAGCCAGAUGAGGAGAAGGGAGGGGCCAUCACCCAUGACUCCAGCGGUGAGUCCAUCAGCGAGGGCCCACUGCUGAGCGAGGGCAGCCUGUCGGAGGGAGACGGGAGCCCCCGCACCAACAUAAAGGGGGUCCCACAACCGGCAGAGCGUCUCGGGGCUCUGGACUUCUGUGCAGGCCAGCGGGAGGGCUUCCAGCCCAUCUCCCACUUCCAGAGAGAGGCAGAGAAGUACCCGGGCUUCAGCCCCCUCUCUCAGCAACGGAACAGCAGCCGUGGUCCAUGGGAGGAACUGGCCAAGGGAAGCCCUCAUAGUGUCAUCAACAUCUUCACCAAGAACCACCUGCUCAACCACGCAAAAGUUGGAGGAGAGGAGCGAGCAGACCGGAGUUCCCCUGCUGUGCGUUGUGGCCUGUCUGCAGCCAGCACGGUGGAUGGGGCACCAAUGUAUGAGGAGGACUUUGUGUCGUCCUGCAGCAGCGGCGGCAGCAGCCAAUCUAAGAAAGGAUACAACGGACGCAGCAUCACCAGUGGGAACAGUCACUAUGAUGAGUUGAUGAGUCGCAGGUCCCCCUAUGACACCAGGACUGUAGACCUGCCAUCCCAUCACUCCUCAAGCUCCACUCCAGUAUCUUCACCUCACUCAAAGGGCUCUGUGAAAAGGGGCGCUGCUUCAGACAAGAGUGAUGCCACUCUGGUGGAGGAGCAGAGGAGCCCCUGCUCUCCGGGCUUGGAGGCCCUGACUAGAGACUCCAGAUGGGGAGGCUCAGCCUCCGAGAGAAGCUCCAUCCACAACCUGGUGAAGAGCUCCUACUCUGAUAGUACACUAGGGGGCGCCUCGGGCCACUCACUCCGCAGUUUGGGCUUGGACAAUAAGAAAUCCCCCAGAAGCCCUGGCCUGUCUCCACCUGGCUCUCCUACAGGCUCUGGUUCUCCUCGUGUGUCUCCAAGCAGCGCCUCCCUAGCCGGGGUAGACAGCCUGGGCCUGGGGUCCGGCUCCCCUCACUCCUCCUCAUCCCUGUCGUCUGCAGCCAGGGGCAAAUCCACAUCUCCAGCCAAUGGCAGAGCAGAGCCCAAGGCUGCAGGUGAGCUCCACUACACCCCAGGGGUGUUGCAGCAGCGUAUGUCUGCAGAACUCCAUUACCUGGAGUCUAUAGAGGAGUCAGUGCGUCAGCUGGGCGAUGUGGAGAGGCUGAGGGGUGUGUCUCUGGCUCAGCAUGAAAGCGUCUCGCUCGCCCAAAUACUCAAGGCGCAGCAGCAGCGGCACGAGCGUGACCUUUAUGAGCUGAAGGUGAAGGCAGAGCAGGAGGCGCUGGAGACCCAACAUCAGCUGGAGGAGACACGGCAGAAAGCAGCCAGGGCUCACGUGGAGCUGCAGGAGAACAUGGCUCAGACCCAGCAGCAGUCUCUGGGAGGCAUGCAGGAGGCCACCACUAAGAUGAUCAGCCAACAGGCUGAGUCUGUACGCUAUACGGCCGAAGCUGCCCGCCAGAUCAAAGAGAUGACCGAUCUGGCCCGUUCUCAGAUCGCUGGAGCCAUAGGUGUCCCUGCUGCUGCUCCCAUCACCACCCUGUUUGACCAGCAGAGGCAGCAUCGCCAGAGCUUUAUGAAGCAGCUCCAGCCCCGCACUGACACAGACAGCUCCAGAAGUGAGGUGUCUGCUGCCUGGACCAGGACUGAGGAGCCCCUCUCCUCCCUGGAUAGCCGCUCUGACUCCAUCCCCUCCAGGAGACCCACCCUCAGUGGUGGAGAGAGUAGCAGCCACCUGAGUCCUUCCCUGGCCUCAUCUGAGAAGAGGGAGAGGAGGAAGGUGGAGAUGGGUAACAGCUCAGUGGAGGAUGAGGCCCAUACAGUAGCUGAUGACUCCAUCCCCAGUGACAGUGUUCAGUCCCUACUGGAUGAGAAAGACAGCACCUCGUUUGCUACAGAGUACUCUCUGAAGUUUGACGAGUCCAUGACGGAAGAUGAGAUUGAGGAGCGCUCGUUCCGCUCUCUGCUGCCCUCGGAGUCUCACCGGCGGGGAGCGGUGGAGAAGAAGAGAGGUCCCCACGAGGAGUCGGACGACGAACCCAGUCAGGAGAAGACCACAGUACAGGACAGCUCCAAGCAGCAGGACGGCAGCAUGCCCUUCUCUAGCGGGCAGGACAGCUUCUCCAGGUUCACCAUGGACAUGGUGCGCCAGUACAUGAAGGAGGAGGAGGUGCGCGCCCACCACCAGAGCUCCCUGCUGCGCCUGCGACAGAAGGCCCUUAAGGAGAAGACCAAGGCCGAGCUCGCCUGGCUGGAGCACCAGAAAAGGCGCCUCAGAGACAAGGGUGAAGAUGACAAGAUGCCGCCCAUCAGAAAGAAGCAAAGAGGCCUACUGAUGAAACUUCAACAGGAACAGGGGGAGAUCAAGCGUCUGCAGGAGGCCAACAGGGCAGCCAGGAAGGAGAGGCAGCUGCUGCUCAAACAGCAGGAGGAGAUAGAGAGGAUGAGACACGCCACCCUCAAGCUGAAGGAGCGCCUCAAGUGUGCUGGCACCAGUAACACCCCACCAGAGACUCCAGUGUCAGAGCCCAUAGAUGCGGCAGCUUCCCCCAGUGCUGCGAUGACAGACGGGGACGUGCGCAGUGCCUCUCCACUCUCAGUGGCUGGCAGUGAGACCAGCAGCAUCAUGCAGAAGCUCAAGAAGAUGCGUUCUCACAUGGAGGAGAAACACUGCUCUCCUGUCCACUACUUCUUCUGUCUGUUUACGGCCCACCACUGGGCUUCUCUCAGUCUCUGUUUCCCCAACCUCCAUCCCAAAUUCCAGCUGUUUAUCUACAACCAGUUGGUCAGGUUCCUGACCAAGCGGGAGCAGGGUUUGAUGCAGCGGCGGAGGCAUGCGGAGGAGCUGCUGGAGUGGAAGCAGAGGCUGGAUGCUGAGGAGGCGGAGGUGAGGCACAUGGAGAAGCAGGCCCUGGCUGCCUGGGACAGAGACCGUCCUAGAGACCGAGACCAGAGGUCAGAACAGAGAGAAAGCCCCAUCGCCAGCCCCAAUGGCAGCCGCAAUGCCAGCCCCAGCCAGCACAGCCCUGAGGGCAGAACUGACAGAGACUCUGUGAGUGAGGGUGACUACUCCCCAGUGGUGACUGGCUCCAGCGUACACACAGAGCUGUCUGGGUCACAGCAGCCAGACAUCCCCUCCACUGAUCAGCCUGGCUCUGUCUCUGAGCUGCCCUCUGCCCAGCACAGCCCCUCCAUCUACACCCAGGACUUUGACUCCCCCUCUGCGAGCAAGAGGUCUCCUUCACCAAAAGCCAACCUCGACACUAACACACACCCAGAGGGCAGCAGCAGCAGCAAGAUGCAGCUCCGCUCCUCCUCCAGGACCGCCAGCCACGACCCCAAGGCCACUGACACCCCUUCAGACAUACACACAGAGCCCAUGUCGGAUCAGAGCGACAUCGAGAGCCGUAUCCGUGCCCUAAAAGAGGAGCUGCGCAAACGCAAGUCUGUGGUGUACCAGCUGAAGAAGGAGCAGAAGAAGAGGCACAAAGAGCGUCUGAAAGCCCAGGAGGCCAGCCUACUGAAGCAGCUAGAGUCCUACAAUGACUUCAUUGAGAAGACCAAGACUGAGUUGAAUAAGGAACCAGACUCGACACCCUCUGCCAAGCCUCAGAUCAAGGCCCCCAUCUCAGCCACAGAGAAGCCCAAGAUUAAACCACCACCUCCUUACAGGCCUGAAACCAGCAAAAACUGGAAGGUUCUCUCUGACUCUGAAAAAGCUGAGAAGACCCUUCCACAUUCUCCAGUUGAACAAGAUGACCUCACACCAUCUGGGCUCAGUAAAUAUACCUCAGGGCAUGAGGAGUCCUCAGACGAGGACCCCCCUACAGUCACCCCAACUCCAGUGUAUGGGAGUCCAGAGCACACCAACGGUCUAACGGGCAUGCUGUCCCCCGAGCAUCUCCCCAGGCAGCCUUCUGAGGGGGCACUCUCUCUGAGGGAGCCAGCCAGGCCACAGGCCACCGACUCUGGGGAUGAGAGCGUUGUCUCCAGCCUCCGGUCAGAGGUCAUGGAGGAGCUGGACUCUGUGAAGUCUGAAGGCUCUGAGCAUUCUCAGUCCCGCUCUGAAGACCGCCACUUUGACCAUCUACUCAAACUUGACCUAGAGCAGAGGCCAGCUUCCCAGCAGCACCAGUCUCUGUCGGAACAUGAUUCCAUAAAGAAAGGAGAACAAGGGCUUUCCCCGAUAAGCAGUCUUGAUGUUGAUGAGAAAUCACCAUCCCCCAUCAAAGAGCGAUCAUACACCCCUGAGUCUGAUGCCUUUUCAUCAAAGAGGGACUUUUCAGCCAAGGGUAAGGAGGCCUCUCCUCCUUCAGCUGAUGGUUAUCAUGAAGACUUUGAAUCCUCAGUAGAGUCGUCACUCAGGGAGGACAACCAAGGCUCCAAACCUACCUCACCGUCCCGCCAAGAGACCAGGGAGGGUUCCCACAGCAGGUCACCCUUCUACAGUAGUGAGGACGAGAUCGGUGAGGAUCUGAGUGAAAGAUCUGGAGCUAGUAGUGGCAGUCCUCGCUCUGAAAGACUUCUGGACCUGAAUAGCCAGACCAAGGAUUCCCAGGAGAAGGUCAUUAGUUCAAACCGCUCCCCAACUAUCUCCCCUUCCCAGACACCACCUUCACCAUCAGUGGAUGAAAUGCCUAACUUCACCAUUGGGGACAGGGUUUUAGUGAGCAACGUCCAGCCUGGUACGCUUAGAUUCAAGGGCCACACCAGCUUUGCCAACGGCUUCUGGGCUGGAGUGGAGCUGGACAAGUCUGAGGGAAGCAACAAUGGCACCUACGAUGGGGUGGUUUACUUUGAGUGUGAGGAGGGCCAUGGCAUCUUUGCUCCUCCGGACAAGAUCUCCCGUCUGCCAGAGAAGUUUGACAUCUAUGUGGAAACCACAGAGGAUGAGGACUCUUUCCUUGACGACCAGUCUGAAAACGAGCCAAAGAAACGGCACAUUGAGAAGACACACGGGGGACAUCUGAGAAAUAAAAAAGAGGGAACAUCUCAGACGAGUUAUCAUUCUGAAGACAAAGGACCUACUGAUGUGAAUGAUGGUCCAGCUGAACACCAGAAAAACCUGACCAACUCGCAUGAGUUCAAAGAGGGUGAGUAUCCAAUGUCCAAUGGAAGAACCAAGACAAUCAUCCUGGACCUUGAAGAUGUACCUACCAGUCUCUUCAGCAUUGACAUAGACCGUAAGAUAGCCUUGGGGAAGAAAACUCUUGAUGAGACCACUACCCUCAUUGAGAGGAAAGGCGUAGAUGCCCAUCAGAAGUCUACUCCAGAGCAAACCGUGGAGAAAGACGCCCUCAGUGCUUUUACAGAUAAGAUCCUCAACAACUUCAUGAAAGACGCUGUGAAGCAAUUCGCACAAAUUAGAAAGGCCAAAGAAGAGAAGAUAUCAGCUGCUAAUCAAAUGCAAGAUGACAUUUUUAGUGAAGAGGAGGGUGGGGAGACUGUCUCCCAACCACAGUCUGUAGCACAAAGAGAUGGUCUGCCCUUCUUCCUAGAUGCAGAGCAAGAAGAGCAAGUCUCCUCUCCAGAACUCUGUAACCGGCCUGAGAGUCCAGUGUUGGGGGCCAGUGGUCAGGAGGAGUUGGCCAAACGUCUGGCUGAGCUGGAGCUGAGCCGCGAACUACUGGAUGAACUGGGAGACGAGCAGGACUGGUUCGAUGAGGACUAUGGCCUCAGCUCUCAUAGAGAGCAGCAGAGACAGAAACAGAGGCAACAGCAGGAAAAAGAGGGGCUGUCUGCUUGCUCUGGAGGCCUUGGUGACCAGGUGAAGACCCCACCCAGACCAGAGCUGCCCCUGCAGCCCAAGCUCCCUGAGCAGCCUGCUAUGGUGGUUCCCCACUCCGCCCCUGAAGUGGAGAAGCUGGUCCACGCUGCCACCCAGGAGAUCUGGGACAGAUUUAAACUGGGCCAGGGCACACAGACCCUCGCUGGUCUCCCCGUCCUCAAGCCUUCAGAGGAGUUCCUGGGCUGUGAUGCCAUAGGCCAGGAUCAAGAAGGUCAAUGUGUUCGCAGCUACAGACAGGCUGUAUAUGACUUAACAUGGGAGAUCAUCCAGGAGAUCUUUGCAGAGGAUCCUAACGCCCAUCAGCCUCAGUGGGUGAAGCCUCGACGCAUGAACUCCUCCUACUUCCAUAGAGUAAAGAGCCCUGGCGACAUCACCAGAGUUCAGGUGUUCAUCACCACCGAGGUGUUGAAGCUGUAUGGCCUGAAGAAAGACCACAACCAGAAAACAGAUUGGCAGAAGAUGCUGAAAUUCGGGAGGAAAAAACGGGAUCGAGUAGAUCAUAUUCUGGUCCAGGAGCUUCACGAGGAAGAGUCUCAGUGGGUGAACUAUGAUGAAGAUGAGCUCUACGUCAAGAUGCAGUUGGCUGAAGGGAUCUUUGAUGCAUUAAUAAAGGACACAGCAGAAGUUCUCUCUCAAAUUCAGGAGAAGAGAUCAAAAAGAGCCCUUUCCUGAGCUUUUAAACCUCUGUUUUAAACCCACCUUCCACCAGACAGUUCCUCCCACAGCCAAUGUGCCAGUGAUCUCCAGAUGCCUUCACUUCAGUCAAACUGGUACCCCUCUGCUACACAGCUUUGGAUCAGCUAAUUGUGGAUCUACCACAUCUUACACCAAACAUAUUUGAUCCAGACUUUAAAGCCUCCCACACUGGCCCCCCUGUUCAUGGCCAGUCAAGAUGGAGUAGACCUUGUUUUGCAUUAAAUUCAUCAAUGCUGCUAAAUGUAAUGUUCCAUGACAAACUCAUGGUUUUUGUGAUGAGCACAGGGGUAAUUUCACAAGACAAGACGCUAAAGACAGCGGCAUUGAAAAGCAGUCUGGGUCAUCUACAAACGGGAUGAUAAGGAUUAAUAGAGUAUGGAAGAGUCAUUGGGGUUACCAGAUUUUAACAAAUAUAUAGUAUAAAAAUAAACAUUUUGCCUCCUGUAUUGUGAUAUUUAUUGUGAGAACUAUUUGAUUAAGUAAUCUUGCUGUUAACAUGUUUAGAAACAAAGUUUAUUUUAGCAUUUUGUAAAACAGACAAAGCACAAAAAGAAAUGGGGAUGUGAAAAUGGCAAUUCAUUGUAUAGGGAUUUAAAGGGAAUGUUGUUGAAAAGAAAUGCAAAGAUACCUAUUUGUAUUUAAUAUUUAAAUAUCUUAAUAUUAGUAAUUGAUGGAUUUGAACACUGUCCCUUUUCUUCCAUAGUUUUGCCUGUUAACUAGCCUUUUGACUACGAAAACAGAUACCAAGAGGUUCUACACGGUUAGUUUAGAAACCUUUAAUUCUGUUGUGCUGGAUUCAAGCCUUAAGAUUAGCCUUUUACCUGUUUCAGUUAAAGUGGCUCUUUUGUUUGUAUGAUUAUGAAUUGCCUCACUCAAGAAGAGCAACACAAUUUACAGGCCUUAAGUGAUGUCUCUACUCUUAUGGACCUCCUUUCUUUGAAUGUUAUUUACAUAUAUACCAUGUUUUUCAUAAAUACCUAAAGGACAACUCUUUUUCCCAACUGGGUAAACCUUCAGUCUCUGCCUUAUUCUGUGUCUACCUAAGCAUAGUUCUAUCAGAGAACACCUUCUUGAAAUCCCCCAUUUGCCUUUUACUCACAGCCUGUCUGUAUUGCAUUUCUAAUGGUUCUGAAUUAGUGACUCAAAUGCCAUUUAUGGUAGGUAGAUAAACUAGCUUCUGUGUCGUUAUGCCUCUGGGCGUCACUGAUGAAGCACAUCUGAUAUACUGUAAUGCAACCAAGUGUUCUCGCCAUUCGUCACGUAAACAGUGGCUUUUGCAUCAUGGUAACAAGUGUGAGUCAUGGAUUAAACUGUGGGUCGUAGCAUUCAACAUCGAUGUUCAAGGGCUUACUCUUUAUUAGCUACUUCAGUCCAAGGAUACUGUGAUGUAGCUACAGAUGAAUUUAACAUGCAUGACUAUGCUUGUCAACUGUAAUGUCUGUUAGCGAAGUGACUUUAAUGGUGGUAAUGAAAGUUUGUAUACCAAUUAGCAUUUACCACCACUGUUCUUUUACUGGACGAAGGGGUAGAUAUUUAAACUGUUAACUGUCUAUUGCUAGACCUCUGACUGUACAUUUUCCUUUAUCUGUUUAUCCAUGAUAUGCCUCGUUUUCCAGUCCCUAGCUGUGUGUAAUGAGAAAACAGUAAUGUGAUUAGUACAUAGGAACAUGCAUUUCCACAAGGCUGUGUAUUGCAACACCUCCCAAUGGAUUGACAUUAAGGGAUGCCCUCUUACCUGGGGCAAGGGAACUGGGCAGUUGCGCAAGUUGAGCCUGCUCUGAGGUUGCCCCAUUGGGCAGGUGUUCUUUUUUUUUAUUGGGGGGGGCAACCAAACUGCAAAGAAUUUCAUAAGCCUAAAACUGAUCUUUCUGGUUCCUCCCCAUUAAGUGAAAGACAGACAAUUUGUGGCAUUUAUCGCAGUAGGGCAAGUUGAGCCUGCUGAGAUAUUAUGGACUGACAACCAUAAUACUAAGAAUUCCAGUAUGGAUCUUUCUGAUUCCUCCCAUAUGUGUAGGUGAAAGGCAGGCAAUAUGGCACUUCUGAGUGUAAUAAAACGAAAUAGCUCAUUUACAUUUUCUGGGAAGUGAUCAUAAUCUUCGGGCAACCAAAAAAUACUCCUGACUUGCCCAAUGGGCAAGUGCCUUUCAGACUUUAGUGUUAAUCCCUGGUGGUCUAGAAUGGUCUAAAAAAAUCUGAAUUGAUUGUAGCUUGGGGAUGGAAUGUCCCAUUUAUAUCUAUGCAGUAUUUGUUGGUUGGAUACAUUGUUUUACAAGCCAGCUUUGUAGUCUCAUUGAAUAACAAUGACGUUCUUUGGACCUCCCAUAGGACGGUCAAAAUGCCUCCAGGCAGUUUUCGAACUGCUGUCUGUCUGUAGGAUUGUGUUAGCCCUUGCUGUGAAAGGCAUAAGCUGAGGCACACCAAAAAAUGUUUUAUAGACGUGCUGACUAAUGGAGAGUAAACGAUAAAAAUAAAAAGUUGCACACUAAUUGUGCUCCCAAACAUUUAAUGGGAAUAACAACCAACGUUUCGGCACGCAGUGCCUUCUUCAGGGUUCCCUUGCUAUGAGGACAGGGAUUUCAACUCCAAAACAAAAAUGUAUAUUAGGCAAAAAUGGUUCGAUAAUCAAAUUAGGUGUAGACUAGCAAAAUAUUUUUGCAUCUUUAAAGUGUAUGAAUAUUUAUAAUGUACUACUGUGAGAGACACAGGUGCACUUGAAGACUUGUACAGUGUUUUAUGGGGUGUUCUUGUAUAUUCACAGUCUCCUGUUGGAUCUUAAUCACUAUUGAACCUAGAAGAUUAUUGUAAAAUAAACAUUGUUCACUUUGCGGAUAUGUAUAUAGUAUACAUAUAUAUUUGUUAACUAAAUUGAACUUUGAAAUUGUAAAUAAAGCUUUCAUUAUUUCCACAUCUUA